UGACGUCAUUGUUGUUCUUCAGCGCUGUGGAUCGUUUUCGCUUUUUUAAGGAUGUUAAAAAAUCUUUUUACACGCAAAAAUUCACACUCAAACAGACACCAAAAAUAUAAUAAAUGUCAUUUUAUAUUGGUUCGAAAAAAAUCUAAAGGUUUUUUGAAGUCAUUGGUUUGGGAUUCCAGCGUUUAUGUUUUUUCCUGACGGGUUUCCUGUGUCAUGAGACUGCKCAUUUUCCACACAGCGGGCAUACCCAAAAGGAAUAUCAAAAUAUUACUGUGCAAAUGAGCAAAAGUUCAAGAAAAACAAAAGUUCCUGGUAAAUCUGCCUUAAAAAACAUGAUUCGCUUCGAUCUCUGCGUUGUUAGGCAUGGUGAAACUAUGGAGAACAGGAAGAACAUACAUCAGGGACAUAUAGAUACAGUUCUUUCUGACGAAGGUAUGAAACAAGCAGAACUGGUUGCAGACAGGUUACAAGAUAAAGUGUUUACUCAUGCUUUUAGUAGUGAUUUACAAAGAGCUUACAAGACUGGAGAGUGUAUUCUUAGGAAGAACAAACAUGCGAAGGACUUAGUUUUAGUGAAGGAUCAACGAAUCAGAGAAAAGAAAUAUGGUGAAUUCGAAGGAAAAACACAAGAUGAAAUAAAACAAUUAGCUCAGAAGCAUAACUUUGUAUUGAAAGAUUACGUCCCMAAAGGAGGAGAAAGUAUUCAACAGUUGGCUAAAAGAGCUGUAGAAUUCUUUGAUGAUCUUUGCAAGAACAUUGCUCAAAAUGCAGAGAAUGGCAAGACAAUGGAUGAAGGUGAUAAAAGUCUUGAAUCUAGAGUUCAAGAGGCUUCGGCCUCAACCACAGCUGCAAAUGUUCUCAUUACUUGUCAUGGAGGCACUAUUAGGCAGCUGUUUUACCACUUUUCAAGAGAAAUACCAUCAGAGUUUUUAUGCAAAGGGAAAGACAAGAUCUGUAAAUUAUGCCCAAAUACAGGUGUUUCAGAAUUUGAGGUCUUUGUUGGCAAAACGUCAGKAAAAGCAGAAUUCAUUAGGUGUACAAUGACAUAUGAUGGCUCACACUUGAUUAAUGAGGAUGAAAAAAUUCCGUGUGAUGAAGACCAUGCUUUGUAAAUGCUAGAGCCAGCCCAUCAAUUUUUUUCAUUAUUUUAUCAAUUUAUUGGGAAUUUCACCUKUUUACUGGAUUAUUUAUUACUAUUAAUAAUUUCUUAACUAACCCAUGGAUAUCAUUUGCCUUAAGUAUAAUUUUAGACUUUACUAUGGAGUCUUGAAUGUUUUCCAAUAAUCACUUUGCCUUAAAUCGACAAUUAAUCGUUAAAUAUGACCUUGCACAGAAUUUUACAAUUUGUAGUGAAAUUAAUUCAAAAAAUCAAAAUCAAAAUUAAUAGGGUUUUAGUGGAGUUCAAUAAUAGUGUUUCCAUGACAUUGACAA